AGAAGAAAAAAAAAAGCUAGGUUCGACUUGUUUUGAACAGAGUUCCCGUUAACCUGUCGCUUCCACACACUUUUUUUUUGUUAACAAUAAAUGGCCUUUUGAUGUGAGGAAACCAUCUAUGAUGACGUAAACGGGUUGCUUGCCGAGGUUAACCUAGUUUAGCUAACGUUAACUAACUAAUGCGACUUACUAGCGUUAACGGUUAACUGCAGCUUUCUAGCUAACGGCUAUUGUCUUUAUGGCACUCCGGUAUUCAUUUUUUAUUUGUAUUUAAUCUCCGUGCUGGUGUAUUUCUUUACAUAGAUAUUUGAAUAUUCAAGCGAGAAACCCGUUUAACUCGCAGUGACUCGUGUGUUUGCUCUGGCAGCGCCACGUCACUGGUCGGCGGAAGAGCCAGAAAAACACACGGAACUGUAGUCCCGAGUCCCCGCUUUGGACCCGUGGUUCGGUCUGACGUUUUCUCACCAAGAGAGGACGAAACAAGACGCGGUCAGGAUGACGGCGUCUAACUGGGGUUUAAUCAUGAACGUGGUGAACAGCAUCGUCGGAGUCAGUGUGCUCACCAUGCCCUUCUGCUACAAACAGUGUGGGAUAGUGCUGGGAACUCUCCUGUUGUUCUUCUGUUCGUGGAUGACCCACAAGUCUUGCAUGUUCCUGGUCAACACAGCGAGCAGCACCAAAAGACGCACCUACGCUGGACUGGCUUUCCAUGCUUACGGGAAACCAGGAAAGACAGUGGUGGAGCUGAGUAUGAUCGGUUUGAUGUUGGGGACCUGUAUUGCCUUCUACGUCGUGAUAGCAGAUCUGGGCUCAAAUUUCUUCGCCCAGCUGUUGGGUUUACAGGUGACGGGCAUUUUCCGCGUGCUGCUGCUGUUCGCCGUGUCUUUGUUCAUCGUCCUCCCGCUGAGUCUGCAGAGGAACCUGAUGUCCUCCAUCCAGUCCUUCUCCGCUAUGGCGCUCAUGUUCUACACCUUCUUCAUGUUCACGGUGGUGCUGUCUUCGUUCAAACAUGGGCUGCUCAGCGGCUGGUGGCUAGGGCAGGUCAAUGUGGUGCGCUGGGAGGGUGUGUUUCGCUGUCUCCCCAUCUGUGGGAUGGCCUUCGCCUGUCAGUCGCAGGUGCUGCCGACCUACGACAGCCUGGACGAGCCGUCCGUCAAGCGCAUGAGCACCAUCUUCACCUCGAGCCUCAACGCGGUCACCGUCUUCUACAUCACGGUGGGUUUCUUUGGCUACGUCAGCUUCACGGAGAACAUUGCCGGCAACGUGCUGAUGAACUUCCCGUCCAACCUGGUGACGGAGAUGAUCCGCGUGGGCUUCAUGAUGUCUGUGGCCGUGGGAUUCCCCAUGAUGAUCCUGCCCUGUCGCCAGGCCAUCAACACCAUGCUUUUUGAGCAGCAGCAGAAGGAUGGGACGUUUGCUUCCGGGGGAUACAUGCCCCCUCUGCGCUUUAAGAUGAUCACCCUCUGCAUUGUAUUCGGCACCAUGUGUGGAGGCAUUCUCAUCCCCAAUGUGGAAACCAUUCUGGGCCUGACCGGCGCCACUAUGGGCAGCCUCAUCUGCUUCAUAUGCCCCGCGCUCAUCUACAAGAAGAUCCACAAGAGCAGCAUCGUUUCUCAGCUGGUGCUUUUCGUGGGUCUGGGCAUCCUGCUGGUCAGCACCUUUACCACCCUCUCGAUUUCCUCCACGGGCCACCGCGCCAAUGUCCAAGCUCCUCCCCCUCCGGCACCUUUCAAGAACAACCUGCUUUUACCAGACCUCCCUGAACCGCACGAAAACCCCGCGAACAAGAAGCCAUUGGAGGUAAAGAAACCUGACCCCCCGGCGGUGGAGGUUGUACGACCAGCAGACAGGGACCCGCCUGAACCCCCCCAGAUUAAAGGACCAGUGGAACUACCCAAGAGGAAGGAGGAAGAGGCGCAGUUGGACCGCCCUGGUGCCGGCGUUGUGGUGCCAGAGGACGAGGCGCACCGCCAUGAGCCGCCCAUCCCUCACGACGCGGUCAAGGUGGACAAAAGAAAGAACAACGUAGAGAUGGAUGAAGACAAGAAGCCACCGGGGGAACCGAAAAAGAACGAAGAGCAACCUUUAGGCCAAGCUGUGGUGGCGGUGGUGGUAAAGGACAAAGAGGACAAGAAGCCUGAAGAGAAGCCAAAGCCUGUCGUGGCUGUCGUGGGGAAAGAGGAGGUAGAUGUGGGUGGAGGGGAAGUCCGCUCCAAUGAAGUGGUGGAGAAGCCGGGCGCAGAGGCAGACGAAAAGCAGGACGUCCCCCGGCCAAAGGAAGUUGAGAACCUCGACCCGGUGAAAGAUCCUCCUGCCGGGGACGAAGCUGAGGAGACCGAUGAAGCGGGCAAAGCUCCAGAUGCUGCAGGGAAACCUCUUUCUGAAGGAGACGUGGUCCCGGCUGCAGACAGCAAAGACACAGCCGAUGAGAAAAUGGACGUGAUAAAAAAGCUGGUUGCAGAAGGCCAGCUCGACCACGCAGUGCUGCUGCAGGUCAUCAAGCAGCAGCAAGAGCAACAGAAGAGACUUCUCGACCAGCAGGAAAAACUCCUGGAUUUCAUAGAAGAGCAACACAAGGAAAUCCACCAGAAACAACCUGCCGGGGCUGCUGACGGCGAGGCAGAGAAAAGCCUCCAGGAGGAGAUGGAUGAGGAAGCAGCGAAGCCCAAAGAGUCUGGCCUGAACUCAACUGCAAAGCAGCCCAAGGAGGCAGCUGGAGAUGGAGCUGGAGCUGACGUUGUAGCUGUAGCUGGAGAUGGUGCCGGAGCUGUAGUUGGUGCUGUAGCUGGAGCUGAUGUUGGAGCUGGUGUUGUCGCUGGUCCCGGAGCUGUAGCCGGAGCUGGAGCUGUAGCUGGUGCUGGAGCUGUAGCUGUAGCUGGAGAUGGUCCCGGAGCUGUAGCUGGUGCUGUAGCUGGUGCUGGUGCCGGAGCUGUAGUUGACGCCGUAGUUGUAGUUGGAGCUGGCGCUGGUAAUGGCCCUGGAGCCGGGGCUCUAGCUGGAGUUGUUGCUGUAGCUGGCACUGGAGCUGCAGCUGAGGCUGGAGCUGGAGCAGCGGAGCCUCAGGCCGUGGGCCAGAAUAAAGCACAGGCCAGUUACAAGGGUGCAAAGGUCGGGGCUCCAAAAGCAGCCGAUCAAGCAGCCGAUCAAGUAGCUUACAAGGAGGAUGCCCAAGUUGCAGUUGGAGGAGAAUCCCGUCAGCAGAGUGAGCUCGGGGCGAGGGGAGUCCCACUCGUGAAGAAAAGCUCUGAUCAAAAUGAUCAGGUAGCUCAACUUAAAGAGGAGGAAGUAGACUUAGAUGAGGUCAAGAAGAAAAUUGAAAAUCUCAAAAAAGAACAGAUAGAGAAAGAAGUUCAGGCGAGAGUGGAAAAAGAACGGCGCGAUCGCGAGAUGAAGGAGACGCUGGCCAAAGAGCAGGAGCUGGAGGUGGAGAGAGCCGUGAAGGCGAAACUCUUGGAGGAAAAGGCCGCAGACGAGAGACUUCAGCGGGAGAUGCAGAACACAGACGAUGAAAUACUCGAGAGGGCGAAGAAAGAGAAAAAGGCGGAAGAGGCUCAGGAGAGGCUGGCCCAGCUGGGCCGAGCUAUAGAAGACCGGCAGGCCGCGCAGGGGCCCGGCAGAGAGGCUGGUGGAGCUUUGAAGAAAGCGGGGCGAGACCUCAAAGAGAAAGCCGCCGCGGCUCAGGCGGACCCCGGAGGAGGCGCGGAAGCCGAGGCCGUCAAAGCCGAGCCUCGCGCCCCCCAGGGCUCCCACGAGAAGAUCGGGGACCGGGGAGAGCCGGAUCUGAGGCGGAGACGCAGGGCGCUGGGACCGAGGGAAGCCGGAGGGCCCCCGGAGGAGACCGGGGCGUCCAGGGGGAUGCCGGGGCUGGAGCCCCUGCUGGAGCUGGGAGGCUCCGACCUGCACGUGGCCCUGGAGGAGCGGCUCCUGGCGGGGGCCAUGGUGCACUCGCGGCAGAUUAAACAGGCCUCCGAGGUUGAGGGGGCGAAAUAACAUAACACACACACACACACACACACACACACACACACUCGCACUCAAUGAUUGGACAGCAAGUUCACCAGAUAAUGUGCACCUGGGGAAACCUUUGAGAACCGUGGACUAUAUCAUCCCAUUGCCUAACAUUCCUUCUUGCUUUCAGACGUGAUGCGGACGAAGAGGAACAGUUUAUCUUCGUCUCUAACCGUGUAAGCCGCACACUUUUAUUAAAGAACAAAGUGCAUGUAAAUAUUAACUUAUUUUUGUCUCUUGGGAGAAUUUGAAAAGGGUUCCCGUUUAAAAAUGUAUGUGAAUCAAUGCAAUACCUUUUCUUUAUCGUCUUGAGACGCGGUGGAUGUGUUCCUGUUUGUCGUGGAGUCGGCCUCUGUUCGUGCUUUAUUGUCCAUGUGGAUUUUCUGUUGUAUUUAUUUUACAUUAUGUAUAUAUUAUAAUAUUCGGUGUUUGAAUUGUGAUCGAUGUUUAAGUUGUCUUUGAACACGUACCACACGUUGGAUGUGAUGCGGCCCUCUCGGUCGACGUCGUAUCCCAAUACUUUAAAAUCAAAGUAACGGUCUUCAGCCUCAUGCUGGACCAAUCAGCUGGAUCCAAAACUAUAGUUCUCAAUCGUUCCUGCUUCGAUAUAUAUAUAUUCCAAGUUGAUUAAUCAGUGCCUUCCAAUCCAUAUGCUGUGGAUAUAUCAAAACAAGAUGUUACGUUUAUUUCCUCAGUGUUCUUUGUGCUUCUACUUUUACUGUAAAGUACAGUAUAAAAUGUGGAUCGUUUGUCGUGCUUCUUUGUUUUCCAACUUUUCUGAAAAAGGCUUUUUCUGUACAUUUUGCUGAUAAAAAAUGAAUUAAAAA